UUAAUCAGUCUUCGGCUAUUAGAUUUGAAUUCCACCGACGGUCUCUACUUAGCCUAGCUUAGCCUGCAUAACAAGCAGGUUUCCAGUCGAGUUAUUUCCCGGAAGUUGGAGCGAGAGUCUCAACUUUCUUGACUAAGUCGAGCGGAAAUGCUUGCUACGUAGCCUAGUCUCUACUUGCUCAGUCCCUUAACUGCUGUACAGAGUGGACAGAAGUCUAUAAAUGAAAAAUAUUUAUCUCCGAUAUUUCUUUACCUACAGCCAAAUAUGGUGGAUUAUCAAUCCGCACCUUGUUAAACAGCCCUGAUAACUAUGGGAACGUAUGCCUACAUCUGGCCAUUAAACAUAAAGAGGCAAGUGAUAGAUAGCGAUUGCCAUUUACUUUUGGUUUUAGUGUGUUCAGCUAUCAAUCAAUUAAUACCUUUAUUAAACUGUCAGCUGUGAUAGUAGUUCAUAUCAUCUACGUGGAAACACUAAAAAGGAUGGGUAAAUAUAUAUACAGCAUUGAAGUAAGGAUCUUGAACCCAGUUUCUGUUUUGUUUGCUGAUUUUUUCCUGUUUGAAUUUAACGGUGCUACACGAGAGAACCUUUCCUCUUAAGGAAGAAUACCGCCACACCACAUCAACAUCUCUCUUUGUUGUAUUUUUUAGAUCAUGCAACUGUGCCUGGAGGCCGGAGCUGAUAUAAGUACUGCACAGGUAGGAAAGUCACAAAUAAAUUAUUAUUAGUAGUAUUAUUUGAGAUGAUCCAGAGACGUGUUUGAAUAAAUAAAUUGGGUGAAUGAAUGAAUGAAUGAAUGAAUGAAUGAAUGAAUGAAUGAAUGAAUGGACGGACGGACGGACGGACGGACGGAAGAAUGAAUGAGAAGAUGGGGCUCUUUGAGGGAGGGUCCAAAAUGAUCUACCGCAAGCAUUUGUAUAAAAAGUUCCUACAAUCUUUAGAGUGUUCAGAUUUUUUCUGACGAAUUUCUCAGGAGGACCUUUCGACUCCAUUACAUCUUGCCUGUAGUCAGGGUAACUUGGAGAUAACCAAGCUGUUGGUAAACCACGGAGCAAAGAUUGAAAGAGAAGAUGGCGAUGGAUUAACUCCGUUACUCAGGUAACUUUCAUUCAAAACCUUUUUAAACGACUUUUAAAUGCAGAUGACUGACAAAUAAAGAUCAACAAUGGAGGCCAAAGGAACUUGGAACUAUGUGCAAAAACUCUUCCAAGUAACUGUUACGGAGGACUCUGCUCCUAAUGACAAUUCUUGGAUCGGCUUUGGUUUCAUCUUUUCGUCCCCACUCCCCCUAGCAAUGUUGUGACCAAAAAAAGAUUCAAUUCCACCCUUUUUGCUCAAUUCAACUUUGUUUGAGUGUGAGGGGAGGAGUCGCUAGUUUUACUGAUAUCACUGGAAAGGUUCCAACACUUGUGACCUUCAUUGGAUCUUUGAAUUUUUCAGUGUAUAGGCAAAUUUUGGCUCUCACGAUAUAGCUCCACUCCACUGUGUCGAUUGGCAAAAACCUGAUCAAAUGCAGGCUUGAACUUUUUGUCACUACCUUGAAAUAAAAGAUGAUAAGCGGAAACGUUUGACCUGUUUUUAUUACCGUUUACGCCACGGAAAAUUAAGGGAAGACUCCUUGCUGGAAGAAUAUUUUAAAAGAGGAAAUAAAACUUUUUAAAAUGGCAACGGUUUUCUCCAACUGAAUUUCUUGGCGUAUUCCUCUUUUUUAUCUUUUUUGUGUUAUAAAGGUAUAUUCCUAGUGUGUGUGUUGUUGGUCAGUCUCUUAGCAUCUCCAAGCAAAAAAAAUUGGAUGGACAAUUUUUUAUGUGCUAAAUUUUCUCAUUUCAGAGCUUCACUUGGAGGACAUGUACCAGUCAUUAGCUACCUUCUUGACCAGGUAAAAAUAUCCCGAUAAAUACUAUAUCGAAGUCUUUGAUUUCUCCAUUGAUAACAGCCACCAAUGAUUCUUCUGUUAGGGAGCACAACUGUACCCUACGACAAACACCUGCACCUCAUCCCCUCUGAUGUGUGCAGUCAAGCGGAGCCAGCAUGACGCGGUCAAAUUUUUCCUGGCCCGCGGUUUUCCAAUGAAUCUUACGGAUAUGAACUGGCGGACAGUUCUUCAUGUAGCUGUGGCAUGUGCUGAUAUUGAAACUGUGGACUUGAUUCUAGCGGUAUGAAAACUAUAAUGUUUAUGGAUAUAUAUAUUAAAGGGUGCCUAGCAUAAAAACAUUUUCUAUUAUUGAGAAAGGUGAGACUGUAAAACAUCAAAGUUAAAAGUCAUAAACAGGAAAAUGGAAAAAGAUGGAUUUAUAGAAGGAUUUUUCAAUAGCGAGCUUCUAAUUAAAGCCUCUCUUUCGGCUUCCACUGAAUAUAGAUCAUACAGGCGUCUUUUUUAUCCUCGGAGAACUUGGGACAGUCAGUAUUGAUGGCAAGAUUUUCAUUAUAUUUCUUUGACAUCCUCUGCAUAAAAACGACGGGAAAUUUCCUUAUGCCUUGUUUUUAGAGAGGAUAUGAGUACUUAACUAAAUUUGACGACAAACAUUCACCCUUUAAGAUCCCUUCCCUUCGACUGUUCAUGGAGCUUGGCGGAUAGCCUUUUGUUGAACUGAAUUAAAUGGCAGCUGUCAACUAUCAAUGAGGGACAAAAGUGUUGAGACACUUCCAUAAAAUAGCCCUUUUUUCGCGCAUAGUGGAUGUAUCUAUUCCCUCGAGGCUCCCCCUGUGUACUCCUACCCCUUUCUCCCAAAAAUCUACGUUGUACUUUAAACCGUUAAGUCUGUCUUCAACUACAAACAACGUUGAUUCGUGGGUGGGGGAUUUACGGCGUUAAAACAGAAUUAAUUGACAAAUGAAUGAAAUUGUUGAUAAAGCGGGUUUUAGAUACGUGUGUCAACUACGUUUGUCCAUUGUUCGUUUGGUUUCAGAGCGGAGGAGAUAAUCUUUUGGAGAACAAAGACCAGUAUGGUAAAACAGUGGUACAUUACGCUGCCGCCAGAUGUAACGUGGAUGUACGUAUAUUAGUGAAAUUAGGCAAAGACGUUGUUAAUCGACGCACGUCAAAUGCUUUCGUCAAAUUUUGAGCAAAUCGUCUCUAUGAGAGUAACGAGAUCUAGCAAUACAAAUCUGGUAGAGUUAAGCGAUUUCCAAUGACUUAAAACUUAACUGGCACCUAGACAACCAACCAAACUGCUUUGUAAUCAGUUAUUAUUUAGUUACCCAACAAAUGCUGCGCCUUGAUAAACUUCAUUCAGCCAUUCAAAACUGCUAUGACAUAAUCCAUCCACAAAUAAUGGGCGCCUGUCAAAACUGACAUGCCAACGUUGACUGCCAAAAAAUAGAAACAGAAAGGAAAAAAUCUGCUAAAUUCAGUACCCUGUAAUCUUAACAUACAACGUAAAACAUGCUAUCUUAAUGAAUUUUUCUUGUCCAAAUGAGAUCUCAAAGGUUUGUUUUCAUGACUGUGUCAUCUUAUUGACUUUGCAAAUUAAUGAGAUUUCUUAAUACGCAGAAAAGGUUAAGAUGUUUCCCGUAUACAGCUAUUUCGAGAAAGGUUGUCGGAAAAAUGUGCUCGCAACAAUCCCGAAAGGUAAUAUGGGAUAUGACCAAAACACUGUUCCUAACACUUUAGCUGUCGAACUUACUUUUGUUGAUUUCCUUUAGCGCUCACAAACAUACGUCCAUGGCCUCUCGUGCCAUUUUUUCAAAUUUCUUGGAAGAACAGUGAACUUCAAAACCACCCACAAUACCUUUCAGGAUUGUCACGACGGCGUGCACUUUUUCUGACAACCUUUUUCGAAAUAGCUGUAUACUACUAAUAUUAACACAGUGGGAAGAGCGGACUGCAUCCUACAAGAGUCUUGUUUCCCCUUUAUGUACUGAGAUCUAAAACGAGUUCUUACGUAGAUCAAGUUGGUUUCUUACUGCUUCAAUCAAUUCCUCUCGAAAUACCACACAGGGAAAAUGAAUCAUAAUAAGAUGAAAAAAUCGUAGAUCUGCUUAAUAUCAUGUCGUUUUACUAAUUUUACAGAUCAUAAACCGUCUCAUAGUCGUUGGAGCAGAUGUCAGGGCAAAGGACAACGAUGAAAGAAUUCCACUUCAUUUGGCUGCAGAGUUUGUAACAAUUCACUUUUUUUAAUAAACUAUUGUUAUUAAAAAAUGAGGUAACUCUUUACUCAUGUAACUUUUAUUUUAUCAGGAGCGGAGUCGUUUGUGUGGUGAGAGCUCUCGUCAGCGUAUGCCCAGAAUCUGUUAAUGACAUCGACUAUGGUUCCCGUACGCCGUUACAUUAUGCCGCUAGAAAGGGUCGUGUAGCGGUGGCCACACACUUACUAGAGAGUGGUGCAGCAGCCGAUUACAGGUAUAAAUUUACAACGGAAACUUGUGGGUACUUAUUAUUUAAACAAGGAAGCCGGGAAGAUCUAUUGCAAAUAGGAAUGGUUGUCCCCAUUCUGCAGGAAAAACUUCAAAAAGGAUGGGCUGUCGGGUAGCAAUUUUGAUUUUUACCUUCAGUUGUCAAACAAGAUUUUAUGUCUCGGAACCACUUCCGUUAAAGUAACUAAAGUGCUUGGUUACCAAUGCAAACUUUCCAUGUUGCAUCUUUGCAAGUACAAUGGAACUUCGCAUGUUAUCUAGAACAACUCCAGUUACCUUAGGUGUCCCGCUAUAGGUCAUUUUGAGUUUAAGACUGGGCCCAACUGCACCAUGGGAUUAUCUUAGGGGUCGGACUUUCCCCCAGUUUCCUGCGCAACUUAGUAAUAACCAAUUAAAAAAACGAAAUAGCGCUACCAAAACAUUCCCAUAGCACAGUCAGUCAUUGAGCCAGUCUCGUGCUCAGCUUUAAAAUGGCCAUAAUUUAUCCCAUUUCCCUUGGUUUCCUUUUCUUUUAGUCGCCUGACUAAUUUGCACCCGUUUAUCCCGAAUGUUUGUUUCGGUUGUUGAAAACAAGAGGCGGAGACCGGGAUAAAUAUAGGAGUUUGUUAAAGUAGAGGGCGUGAGAGAAGGUGCAAUGUAUCAUCUAUUUUUAUGAUAGCUACUGGAGGUAUCCUGUUAUGGAUGACCGACAUUUGUUUUCUUUUGUAGAGAUGACGAUCGUUAUACACCGCUUUUUCAUGCCGCGUUGGUUGGGUGCCCUGCUACAAUUGAAACCCUUCUUCACUAUGGAGCGGAUAUCAACUGCCUGGAAAAAAAUCGAGUGCGUAGGAACCUGUGUACUUAAUAUGCGCAUAGAAUAUGCCGGAUAUGCUUGAUAUCAAACAUUUUGCCAUUCACGGUCUUUCUACAAAAACUUUCACGAUACCUAAUUAAAUCCAGCUGCUAUUAUAUAGGGCCAUAAUUUCAGGUCGAUUGAGAGGCAGCAAAAAAUAAAGAGAUCCCACAAAAGGGAAUGUAAUUUGGACGGAAAGAUGGCCAUGCCCGUGUUGAUGAGUCCAAAUUAGGGAGAUGGCCUCCCGGCCUGCUUUAACUAACCAUCGACCGGUUAGCUCAGAUGGUCGGGUACCUUAUCAGAGCGGAAGGUCACGCCUCGACUAGCGACGGAACCGAAUUUCGAAUGAAUCAUUGUGUCAUAUGCGUCUACUGCUAUAGGGCAGAUCUGUGCCCUGUAAGACUGGGUAUAUAGAAAAAUGUUUGCCCGUCUCAGGUACAGUAUUCACAAAGCUCUCAAAUACUUCUAUGGUGAUUGGCCUUCCAAAACAAACCUCAACUAUUGUUUUCAGGGAUAGGGACAUUGUCUUGCUCAUUUGUCCAUUGUUUCGUCACGGAGCCCUCUCAGGUACUGGCCUUAUUGCGGUGCUGGGGAGCAGCUUCUCGCAGCUCACAGACUGAUCCUUGGAGCGACAAAGACAGAACUGCCAAUGCAAGCUAGCAUUAUACCUUAAAUUGUUUGUUUUUGUCUUAUCUCUUUUAUUAACGUGAUCAUUGCAGAAGCCUCCAGCAAUAUUGGCGUCCUAUUUUGGAAAUUUGAGCGCUCUCAGAAAGCUUAUUCAGUGCGGAGCAGAUGUAGCACUCGUAUCAUCAACUGGGUUCAAUUGUUUGGAUGUAGCAAUCAAAUCUGGAAAUACAGACGUAUGCAUGGAAUUAGUGAAAAACAAAAAGUAUGAAUCUUAAACAUGUGUCUAUAGUCCCGUAAAACGGAACCAUAAGUACAAAAUUUUCGUCUUUAAAGAUCACAAACAACAUGAAAUUUAGUUUUGUUGAUGAAUGAUCUGCUCUUUUUAGUUUCACCAACCGGAUCAAAAGAUAGGGAACUAUUUUAUACAGGCAUAGGAAGUAGCUCCACAAAAAAUAUUGUUCAAAACUGACAUUUUUCCAAGAACUCUAAAACAAAAGGUUUCAGGAAAGUUAAUGAAACUGUAAAAGGCAGGUCUUUAGUACUGAUCAAUGAACUGAGGGGGUAAAAUCUUACUUGAAGGAAUAAUCAUGACUCUACUCAAAAAAAUUAUGUCAAAAAGCAAAACGUUCAGCCUGUUGUUUACUUCCUUAAAUUGAUCUCAGACAGUAUCUUUGAUGAUUUUAAAGAGUCUUUUUGAUUGUUCCUAGAUGGCGGGAAAUGCUAAGCAACAUAAAGUUCGAGGGAGUGACUCCUAUGCGAAGACUCAUUGAAAAAUUCCCAGAAGUGGCUAAGGUAAAAAAAAGAGACAGAUUUAUUCUUCUGAAGUUUUUCUUUCUCAGGGGCUUAUCUCGUUCAUUGUGUUUGUGAAAAAGAGAAAAUCCAAGAAAUAGUAUAAGAAGAACUUACCUGUAGCGGGGCGGAAGGCAUGAGUGGAAUUAUAAUUAUUUCUCAAAUCAUUUGCUAUUUGGCCUAAAUUUAACGAUGGAUGAUCUUAGUACAGAAAGAGAAUUGAAACGCAUUCGAUAUUACGCAUGCUAUGACUCUAAAGAAAUCGUUCUCAAAACAUCUGUGAUGAAAUGAAAGUCGCCCUCGGCUUGAUCAAAUGAAAGCAAAAUUACCAAUAAUUAACGCCCCCUCGAAUAAAUGCGGCAUUCAAUCAAAAAAAUGAUCAGAAUAAUUCGGCACUACUUGGGAAUCUACACCAUUCAGAGAUUUACGAUUCUAUCCAACCAAAAUAAGGGAGACAUUUGAAAUUUUUGUUUUUACAAAUGAUUCACUGUAACUUAUGUCAGUGAUUUAAGAAAUAUGAUUUAAAAAUAAACGCCGCAUCAGAAACUCUUAACAAUUUCAGUGAUAAACGCCGCGGCGUUUAAUCGAGUAAACACAUUAAUCGAUUUAGAAAAAAAACAGGGCCUGUUUUUACGCAACUUAGUAAAGUUUUCUUUUUCUCGGUAAUAAUUAUCGUAUUUAUGAACACCUGGUAUUGUUUUUAACUGAGAUGAAACCUUUGUAUAUUUGAAGUAAAUGGUCGGGAUUUCAUUUUCUUUUCAGGUUGUCCUGGACAAAUGCAUUGAACGCUCACCACAUCUGGACACUGAUCCAAAUUACACGGUACGCUUUUACACUUAACAAGAAAGCUUACAUAAAUGUUCCAGCCACUGUACAGGGCAAUAAAAACAGUAACCUUUCGCUUUUAACGCUACAUUUUACAUUUUUUUUUGGGCUUCAGAUCACCUACGAUUUCUCUUUAAUUUUUCCUAAAGAAGGAGAGAAUAUCGAUAUAAACCAAGAAAGAUACUGUGGCGCAAAGGUAGGGGGUUGAUUAAGGUUGGUUUUCACUUAUGACGGCGUCGGAGUCGUGCGGCUGGGUCGUAAAGAGCGCUUAUGACUCAGUGAAAAUAAAAAACCGGACUAGCAAGUGGGGUAAUAAGAGCAACAGAAUCAGAAUCGGAAGAACCGGAACGUUUCCAUUUUCUUCAAUUUGGACUCCGCUUAUGACACCGUCGUGUACGAUCUAGUGAAAACCACAUUGCCGGAGUCGGAAGCAGAAGUGGAAGAAUAAACCAUUCACAAUGCUCAUUCCCAAGCUUUGCGAUUGGUUUACGGUUCUUCCGCUUUUGCUUGCGACUUCGAGAACUCAGUUUUCACUUGAUUGAAAGCGACGGAGUUGUUGUUUUCAAUGAUCGUAAAGUUCUACGCUUCUGAUUACGACUUCGACUCCGACUGACAAUCUGCCUUAUCUCAAUAAUUUGAGGUUUAUGUAAUGACUCACCUACACUAUGGAAAACGAAUAUUUUUUCUAUUGUUUGUAAAGUGUUCCUAUCCAGUGCGAGAUCACCUUUCGUCCUUUCACAAGAUAACAAAUCCAGAGAUUUAAAAAAGCAAUUCCACUUUUGCGAUAUAUUUGCAAAAUUGCUUUUUUCGAGGCCUAUUUCAUCAGAUUUGUGUGGGGUAACCUUUUUUUCUAGCGAGACGAAAAGAGUACCUCAUCUAAGGUUACGUGUACACGGAAGGCGAAUCCGGAUCGGAGAAAAAACAAUAUCCCCUUUCAAUAAAAAAUGGACUCAAAGGAGCCUCAGUCGCCCAUACACAUCACAGGGGAGACUGAAGCAUGGCGUGUCGUCACGCAAUUCCAAGCGUUCUACGGCAAAAUGAGAAUCAUACUAAGGAGACUUGAUUAAAAAAUCCUUGCCAGGGAUUUUAGUGGCUUCACAGCUUAUGACAAAUUAAUGUGUGAAACCAAUACAAAGACCGUAUACAUUAAAUCUGCUCAAAUUGUGAUUAAAAAAAGACCUUAAAGUGUCAAAACUGAUUUAACAAAAAUGAAAUGACUCAUUGAUGAGGAUUGCUAUUAGCCAGUCGAAAUAUACAUUGCGGCUCAAUGCAGUCGUUUUUGUUGUUUGAUCGGCUCGUGCAGUUGUCUAUUUGACAUUUAUAUUUUUAGCUUUUUAGCUACAUGCUACCAAAUUGUCGGUGAAGAGUAUUUUAUUUAUCCAUUCGUUCAUGUUUGUAGACCAUGUUAGACUGGUGCCGUGAGGAUCUGCUUUUUCAUCCGCUGACCAGAGAGAUGGUUCGAAUGAAGUGGUAUGUACAAGUAUGUAGGAAUCCCACUUUAAAAAGACUUUCCCUCAGUGUGGCUCAAUUUUUACUUUGCCUUUGAGAGGAAUAAAAUUACUGGUCGAAAAAAGACUGUGUUCAUAAAUGUGAAAAUCUCUCUUGCCACCGAGAACAUAAUGUACCUUUUUCCGCCCUCCCUCCCCACCCCCCCCCAAAAAAACAUUGUACAUAACCAUUAUUUCCAAUUUCUACUGGGUAUUACAGUCGUCGCAAGAGAAAUCGAAGACAAUAGUCAUGCAAAAUCUUUAGGGGUAAACAAGGUGCAUUAUGGUGUCGGUGAGAAGAGUGAAGUAUGAAUUUUGCGCAAUUGUUGAAAUGAAGUAACAGUAUCAACAAUAACCAUUAUGUACCUCGAGUCUUUCUCAAGAAUUGCACCUUCGACGUUUUUAAAUCUGAAAAACCCAGUUCGGGGAGAUUAGACAAAUAAGGCUAUAUCCACUCUAUACCAGGAUGGCUUUUCGUACCGACAUCAAAAGCUUUUAAAGUAACUUAUUGCGCUUGGAUAAUGUCAUAAAUAAAAAAUAUAUAAAUAAAAUAAUACUAAUAAAUAAUAUCUAAAUAUUUCAUACAGUUUAAAUUAUUAGGAAGUAAUAAAAUGGUACAUUUUUCUUAGGCGUCAUAUUGGUCUGACAGUGUUUUUCUUUGGUGCUCUGUUGUAUGGAGUUUUCUUGGGAUUGUUUUCCCACUAUCUAUACUGCGUUCACAGUAAAACAAACAGCUCCUUUGCUAACCAGCACACACAGAGCUAUGAU